AGAAGAAGAAGAACACGUGAUUCGCGCUAACUGGAAGCAAGAUGGCGGUGGCGGUGCGGAGCUUGCAGGACCAGAUCGAAAAAGCCAAAGAAAGCUUGAAAAACGUAGACGAUAAUAUUCGUAAAUUAACUGGACGAGACCCCAAUGAAUCAAGGCCGGGUCAGAUCCGCCGGCUUGGCGGCCCCACAGCCGGCCCUGGAGGAGGAGGCAGAGGCAGAGGACUCAACCUACUCAGGCGUAGUCUCUCAGACAUUGGAGGCGGCGGCCCCCCUGCCAAGCAGAGGGACAUCGAGGGAGCCCUGCUAAGGCUGGCGGGGGACCAGAGGGCCAGGAGAGACGCGCGCCACGACAGCGACGCCGAGGACGAUGACGAUGUCAAAAAGCCGGCGUUGCAGUCGUCUGUAGUAGCUACCUCCAAGGAGCGAACACGCCGAGACCUCAUUCAAGAUCAGACCAUGGAUGAGAGGGGCAAACAGAGGAAUCGGCGUAUGUUCGGCCUGCUGAUGGGGACCCUGCAAAAAUUCAAACAGGAGUCCAACGUCUCUACAGAGAAGCAAAAGCGACGUUCAGAGAUCGAGCAGAAGCUCGAGAUUCAGGCUGAAGUUGAGAGAAAGAAGGUGGAGAAUGAAAAGAGGGAGCUCUUUGAAGAGAGGAGAGCCAAACAGACUGAGCUGAGAUUACUGGAACAGAAAGUCGAAUUAGCUCAGCUGCAAGAGGAGUGGACCAGCCACAAUAACCGUCUGGUGAAAUACAUUCGCACCAAGACCAAACCUCAUAUCUUUUACCUGCCUGGAAAAAUGUGCUCCGCCACACAGAAACUCCUCGACGACUCCACUAAGAAACUAAAUGCUGUGUUUGACGAGAGGCGUGAGGCAUUUGCCGAACACCUCAGCAAGAUGGAGUCUCGCCCCCGGCGACAGCCAAACCGCGACCAGGACGGAAACACAGCGGCAACAGGGACGGACCACUCGGCAGAGGGUAAGCCAGCAGGUCAGGUAGUCAAGGUGACAGGUAACAAGCGUAAUGCAGAGAUGGAGGAAGACGAGGAGGAAGAUGAUGAGGAGGAGGAGGAAAGGCAAAAGGAGGGGGAUAGGAAGGUCACAGAAAAGGAAGAGAGGGGAGACGGGGAUAAGGCAGGGUUAAAGAAGGUAGAGGAAGAGGAGGAGGGGAUGGAGGUCAGUGAGGCGGGGAGUGAGGAGAAGAAGGAAGGAGAGGAGGGGGUUAAGAGCAGAGAGGACCAGAGGGACAGAGGAGACAAGGAGGCAGGUCCAGGGUCAGAGGAGAUGGAGGUGGAGGGGGGGGCAGAGAAGGAGGACAGGAGCAAGGUAGAGGAGGGAGAAACAGACAGAAAAGAAGGGCCCACAGACCUCCAAAAUGAAAAGACCCCCAACACCCAGUCCUCUGAAUCAACCGUAACCAUCCAAGAAGCACCAAAUGCCAGUCAGCAGCCCCAGCCCAGCUCCACCCCAGGGGAACCAGGAGUAAAGUCCUCCGAGACCCAGGAGGCCUCUCCAACCCCAGAACCCCAAACAGCCUCCAACAUGCCAGGGCAGGAUGUGAUCAUAGCUGGCCUUGCGGUCCAGGAACCAGCAGUGGAGAACCAGGGAGCGGAAGGGAAAACAGGGGACGAAGCACCCCAAAAACCUAAGCCCGAUUCCCAAGAGGCCCCCAGCACGACCCCCGCACCCCCUAAGGAGGAGGAGGACAGUGGUAGAGGAAGGAAGAAGGAAAAGGAGCCGAGGAAGGGCCGCAGUCACAGUAACAGCUCCUCCUCUUCCUCCUCCGGCUCCUCCUCCAGCGGGAGCUCGUCCUCUUCCUCCGGAUCCAGCCGCUCCUCUUCGUCCUCGUCAUCCUCCUCGUCCUCCUCGUCCAACAGCAGCAGCCGAAGCCGCAGCCGGGACAGCGGUAAGCGCAAAAGGAGGCCGUCGGGAAGGGACAGGAAGAAAGGAGAAGAAAGAAGUCACCGCAAAAGAGGAGGGAGCAGCGGAGAAGGGAGGGACUCGAAGGGAUCGAAGGAGAGGAGGAAGAGGAGGAGCGACGAAGGGAGGAGCAGGUCGUCCCGGAGCGAUAGGGAGCAUAAAGAUAGAGACAGGAAGGACAAGAGACGCUAACUUCAGCCUCUGUGUAGUAAAGCUGGCGGCCACAGGAAAACACUGAGGGGAGGAUAAACUUCCAACUAUUUACUUAACAACAUGAGAUGUUUUUAAAACUAGCAGUUCCCCUCAAAAUGCCACAUUUUCCACGAGGCCCACUGAAGUUUUAACUAAGCAGGAUUUUUCUCAGCGUAGGAAUUUAUAAGGCAAUGGCAAAACUAAAUUGAUAAUUAAUUUUCCACCAAUUUUUUUUCUUUUUACUUGGCAAAAGAAAUGUAAAGUGGACAGUGGUGCAUCUGGCAGGGUUGUCCCCUAACGCCCUCUCUAAUUGGAGCUCUUAAACAGGUUUGUGGUGGGAGAGACAGUCCCGUCAUUUUUAAUUCCAAAUGAUUUAUCUUCAGUCUGACAUUUGGGGUUUAAAAAGGUCUUUGUGCUACUAUGAUGAAAAGGUGGUGUUGAAUGUUGUUGUUUUUUUUUUUUUCUCAUCCUGAUCAUAAUGCCAUGGGCUGGGGGGGGUAUUAUAACGGUUAUGGGAGCAGCGACCAUUACCGUACAAGUAGCUGUGUUUUCAAGUUGAUGUGACAACGCUGUUAAUCCCUGUUUAUUUCCACUGUUUGAUCAGUGUCACAGCCCUUGUAUCUUCAUCACGUGGGUACAUGUGUGAUUUGCUUAAAUACAGGUUUUUGAAAAUGUUUUUUCCAUUGUUUUGUACCAACUAAUCUGCUUCAAAUUAAAGGUGAGGUAUUAGUGGAAA